AUGGCGUCCGCGGAUGCGGCCAAAAGGGCCUUCUUUGAGGGCUUGGAGCGGCUGGAUUCUCUGUCUACGGUCACGAAAACUGAAGUCCGAGUGAUCGCACCUUCCGCUACCGAAGCUUGCACGAAGCGUGAGAAACGCCCUCGUUGCGUUGCUGCUGCUGCGAGAUCAGACGAGACUCUCUCACAAGUGACUGCGUUGAGCACCUCAAGGGCAGCGGGAGAGAUGCCUCGCAAUAAGAGAGCUGCGCCUGUCUCUGGCAAGGGAAACCGGCAAUGCUCGUCCAGGAUCGUGCCGGAAAUGCAGCAGAUUUUCAGAGGUCUUGUCUUCUUCUUCUUUCCGAACAACAGUGCCUCGGCCCUUCGACGUCUGCGUAUCCAGCGCGCGCAGGAUUACGGUGCUUCUGCUGCAGAAACCUGGGGCGACCAUGUCACUCACGUUAUAGUGGAUAAGGGACUCACCUUUCACGACGUCAUCAAGCAUCUUCAUGUUGAAUCGUUCCCGUCCACAGUCGCGCUCGUCGACGAAAGCUACCCUUCUGAGUGCGUCAAGUUUCGCACGGUAUUGAACACAGCUCAGGUUCGGUUCCGCGUCAGCGGUACACCUGUCCCUGCAGGAGAGAAGGGCUCUUCGCCUGUGAUCGAGCCCUCGGAUGGUGGAUCCUUGUCGAUCAAACCGUGCCGACGAGAGCAGCAGCAGCAACACGAGACACAAUCGCACACGCAUGCUGAGCUACACAGUCAGGCUACUGAAGGACAAACUAGUGGGCGGCACGCUACCGAACAACAAACCUCUGAGCUGUAUACUGCGGAGCAGGUGGCCGAGUGCCCGAACGACCUAUAUACUGUGUCCGAACCUGCUCGAGAGCGGGAUGCCUUGGAUGAUCUCAUCGAAGAAGCAAAGGCUGUGAAAGAUCUGCCGUUAGACUCUGAGGAUGAGCAAAGUACGGCUGAAACAUCUGAUGCCGAGGCGUCUGACUCGGGCGAAUCACAGCCAAAGAAGAGGAAGAUGAGCGCACGUAUGAGUGAGGCGCAAUCUGACUGGCAGCAGAAUUUUGUAUGCAUGCAGAAGCAUGAUUCGAAGACCAAUGCGGAAAAUGCAAACAAUCGGACCAUUGCCGUCCUACAGCAAAUGCUGGACUACUAUGAUCGAUCAGGUGACCAAUGGCGCACGCUCGCCUAUCGCAAGGCAAUCAGUGCCCUUCGGAAACAACCGAAGAAAAUUGCCACCAGAUCCCAGGCUUUGUCACUGCCAGGGAUUGGCACACGUCUGGCCGACAAGAUCGAAGAGAUUGUGUUCACGAACCGCCUGCGUCGGCUGGAAAACGCCAACAGCACUCCUGAAGAUCGGAUACUCCAGGUGUUUCUAGGUGUCUAUGGGGCUGGCGUCUCCCAAGCCUCGAGAUGGCUUGCACAAGGCUACCGGUCGCUGGAAGACCUGAAAACUAGAGCGCCCCUUACGCAGAAUCAACGGGUGGGCGUGGAGCAUUAUCAUGACUUCGCCCAGCGUAUUCCACGGAACGAGGUUGAAGUGCAUGGAGAGAUCGUGCGGGCGGCAGUGCGAAAAGUUGAUCCAGAGAUGCAGGUCAUCAUUGGGGGUUCCUACCGACGUGGUGCAUCCACUUCAGGCGACAUUGACCUGAUCAUCACCAAGCCCUCCGCUACAAUAAAGCAAAUUCGGACUAUCAUGAUUGAAACCGUCGUCCCGGGCCUUUUCCAGGAAGACUUCCUACAGACCAGCCUGGCUGCCACCUCCCGCGAUGAUGGAUUCAAAUGGCACGGGGCCUCGAAGCUUCCCAACGGUCGGCUCUGGCGACGGAUCGACCUGCUUUUCGUGCCCGGAUCUGAGAUCGGGGCAGCUUUGAUCUACUUCACUGGCAACGACAUCUUCAACAGGAGCAUGAGACUCCUGGCCAACAAGAAGGGCAUGCGGCUGAACCAACGAGGGCUUUACGCCGACGUGCUACGCGGACCUCAGCGAGUGAAAUUGACCACAGGCCGGCUGGUCGAGGGACGCGAUGAGCGGCGAAUCUUCGAGAUUCUGGGAGUUCCUUGGCGGCCUCCCGAGCAUCGCAUCUGCUGAAGUGCCCAAAUAAUAAUCUUUUUCUGGUUUGCCUCAAGAGACACGUAGAGACAAGACGGGAGC